AUGGCUUCACUUGGAAAUUCAUCAUACAAAGAAAUGACAUACUGUGGAACGAGAACGAUCUCUAACGGACAGUUUAAUGCUUCAUCUGGGACAACACUUGGAGAAACUGCAACACAAUCUUGCAAUGAUGGUUAUACACUCGCAGGAGACGAGAUUGUUACAUGCACCGCUUCAGGCUGGAAUGGUUCAGUCGCAGCUUGCACAAUCAAAAAUUGCUCGGUUCCUACAAUAACAGAUGGAGAAACAGCAGAAACCCCAAAAGGCACAACUUACAACGAAAUAGCAAUACUAUCAUGUAAAGAUGGAUAUACAUUAAAUGGAACUGCAUUUGUUACAUGUCAGGCCGACGGUAACUGGAACGCACUUCCUUCAUGCGACAUUAAAAAUUGUGGUGAUCCUACUCCAUCGUUUGGCUCUCCAAAUAGCUCGACAUAUGAUUACGGUGAAACGAUAGAAAUAACAUGUCAAAGUGGCUAUAACAUUCAAGGAAGUGCAGUGAUAUCUUGUCAAGCUGAUGGUACUUGGAGCGGAACAGCAACAUGCGAUCCAGAGGACUGUGGAACGAGAACGAUCUCUAACGGACAGUUUAAUGCUUCAUCCGGGACAACACUUGGAGAAACUGCAACACAAUCUUGCAAUGAUGGUUAUACACUCGCAGGAGACGAGACUGUUACAUGUACCGCUUCAGGCUGGAAUGGUUCAGUCGCAGCUUGCACAAUCAAAAAUUGCUCGGUUCCUGAAAUAGGAAAUGGAGAAACCGCAGAAACGCCAAAAGGCACAACAUACAACGAGAUAGCAAUAAUGUCAUGUGCAGACGGAUAUACGUUAAAUGGAAAUGCCUUUGUUACAUGUCAGGCCGACGGUACCUGGAGCACACUUCCUACAUGUGUCAUUAAAAAUUGUGGUGAUCCUACUCCAUCGUUUGGCUCUCCAAAUAGCUCGACAUAUGAUUACGGUGAAACGAUAGAAAUAACAUGUCAAAGUGGUUAUAACAUUCGAGGAAGUGCAGUGAUAUCUUGUCAAGCUGAUGGUACUUGGAGCGGAACACCAACAUGCGAUCCAGAGGACUGUGGAACGAGAACGAUCUCUAACGGACAGUUUAAUGCUUCAUCUGGGACAACACUUGGAGAAACUGCAACACAAUCUUGCAAUGAUGGUUAUACACUCGCAGGAGACGAGAUUGUUACAUGCACCGCUUCAGGCUGGAAUGGUUCAGUCGCAGCUUGCACAAUCAAAAAUUGCUCAGUUCCUGAAAUAACAAAUGGAGAAACCGCAGAAACCCCAAAAGGCACAACAUACAACGAGAUAGCAAUAAUGUCAUGUGCAGACGGAUAUACGUUAAAUGGAAAUACCUUUGUUACAUGUCAGGCCGACGGUAACUGGAGCACACUUCCUACAUGUGUCAUUAAAAAUUGUGGUGAUCCUAUUCCAUCGUUUGGCUCUUCAAAUGGCUCGACAUAUGAUUACGGUGAAACGAUAGAAAUAACAUGUCAAAGUGGCUAUAACAUUCGAGGAAGUGCACUGAUAUCUUGUCAAGCUGAUGGUACUUGGAGCGGAACACCAACAUGCGAUCCAGAGGACUGUGGAACGAGAACGAUCUCUAACGGACAGUUUAAUGCUUCAUCUGGGACAACACUUGGAGAAACUGCAACACAAUCUUGCAAUGAUGGUUAUACACUCGCAGGAGACGAGAUUGUUACAUGCACCGCUUCAGGCUGGAAUGGUUCAGUCGCAGCUUGCACAAUCAAAAAUUGCUCAGUUCCUGAAAUAACAAAUGGAGAAACCGCAGAAACCCCAAAAGGCACAACAUACAACGAGAUAGCAAUAAUGUCAUGUGUAGACGGAUAUACGUUAAAUGGAAAUACCUUUGUUACAUGUCAGGCCGACGGUAACUGGAGCACACUUCCUACAUGUGUCAUUAAAAAUUGUGGUGAUCCUAUUCCAUCGUUUGGCUCUUCAAAUGGCUCGACAUAUGAUUACGGUGAAACGAUAGAAAUAACAUGUCAAAGUGGCUAUAACAUUCGAGGAAGUGCACUGAUAUCUUGUCAAGCUGAUGGUACUUGGAGCGGAACACCAACAUGCGAUCCAGAGGACUGUGGAACGAGAACGAUCUCUAACGGACAGUUUAAUGCUUCAUCUGGGACAACACUUGGAGAAACUGCAACACAAUCUUGCAAUGAUGGUUAUACACUCGCAGGAGACGAGAUUGUUACAUGCACCGCUUCAGGCUGGAAUGGUUCAAUCGCAGCUUGCACAAUCAAAAAUUGCUCAGUUCCUGAAAUAACAAAUGGAGAAACCGCAGAAACCCCAAAAGGCACAACAUACAACGAGAUAGCAAUAAUGUCAUGUGCAGACGGAUAUACGUUAAAUGGAAAUACCUUUGUUACAUGUCAGGCCGACGGUAACUGGAGCACACUUCCUACAUGUGUCAUUAAAAAUUGUGGUGAUCCUAUUCCAUCGUUUGGCUCUUCAAAUGGCUCGACAUAUGAUUACGGUGAAACGAUAGAAAUAACAUGUCAAAGUGGCUAUAACAUUCGAGGAAGUGCACUGAUAUCUUGUCAAGCUGAUGGUACUUGGAGCGGAACACCAACAUGCGAUCCAGAGGACUGUGGAACGAGAACGAUCUCUAACGGACAGUUUAAUGCUUCAUCUGGGACAACACUUGGAGAAACUGCAACACAAUCUUGCAAUGAUGGUUAUACACUCGCAGGAGACGAGAUUGUUACAUGCACCGCUUCAGGCUGGAAUGGUUCAGUCGCAGCUUGCACAAUCAAAAAUUGCUCGGUUCCUGAAAUAACAAAUGGAGAAACCGCAGAAACCCCAAAAGGCACAACAUACAACGAGAUAGCAAUAAUGUCAUGUGCAGACGGAUAUACGUUAAAUGGAAAUACCUUUGUUACAUGUCAGGACGACGGUAACUGGAGCACACUUCCUACAUGUGUCAUUAAAAAUUGUGGUGAUCCUACUCCAUCGUUUGGCUCUUCAAAUGGUUCGACAUAUGAUUACGGUGAAACGAUAGAAAUAACAUGUCAAAGUGGCUAUAACAUUCGAGGAAGUGCAGUGAUAUCUUGUCAAGCUGAUGGUACUUGGAGCGGAACACCAACAUGCGAUCCUGAGGACUGUGGAACGAGAACGAUCUCUAACGGACAGUUUAAUGCUCCAUCUGGGACAGCACUUGGAGAAACUGCAACACAAUCUUGCAAUGAUGGUUAUACACUCGCAGGAGACGAGAUUGUUACAUGCACCGCUUCAGGCUGGAAUGGUUCAGUCGCAGCUUGCACAAUCAAAAAUUGUGGUGAUCCUAUUCCAUCGUUUGGCUCUUCAAAUGGCUCGACAUAUGAUUACGGUGAAACGAUAGAAAUAACAUGUCAAAGUGGUUAUAACAUUCGAGGAAGUGCAGUGAUAUCUUGUCAAGCUGAUGGUACUUGGAGCGGAACACCAACAUGCGAUCCAGAGGACUGUGGAACGAGAACGAUCUCUAACGGACAGUUUAAUGCUCCAUCUGGGACAACACUUGGAGAAACUGCAACACAAUCUUGCAAUGAUGGUUAUACACUCGCAGGAGACGAGAUUGUUACAUGCACCGCUUCAGGCUGGAAUGGUUCAAUCGCAGCUUGCACAAUCAAAAAUUGCUCAGUUCCUGAAAUAAAAAAUGGAGAAACCGCAGAAACCCCAAAAGGCACAACAUACAACGAGAUAGCAAUAAUGUCAUGUGCAGACGGAUAUACGUUAAAUGGAAAUACCUUUGUUACAUGUCAGGCCGACGGUAACUGGAGCACACUUCCUACAUGUGUCAUUAAAAAUUGUGGUGAUCCUAUUCCAUCGUUUGGCUCUUCAAAUGGCUCGACAUAUGAUUACGGUGAAACGAUAGAAAUAACAUGUCAAAGUGGCUAUAACAUUCGAGGAAGUGCACUGAUAUCUUGUCAAGCUGAUGGUACUUGGAGCGGAACACCAACAUGCGAUCCAGAGGACUGUGGAACGAGAACGAUCUCUAACGGACAGUUUAAUGCUUCAUCUGGGACAACACUUGGAGAAACUGCAACACAAUCUUGCAAUGAUGGUUAUACACUCGCAGGAGACGAGAUUGUUACAUGCACCGCUUCAGGCUGGAAUGGUUCAGUCGCAGCUUGCACAAUCAAAAAUUGCUCAGUUCCUGAAAUAACAAAUGGAGAAACCGCAGAAACCCCAAAAGGCACAACAUACAACGAGAUAGCAAUAAUGUCAUGUGCAGACGGAUAUACGUUAAAUGGAAAUACCUUUGUUACAUGUCAGGCCGACGGUAACUGGAGCACACUUCCUACAUGUGUCAUUAAAAAUUGUGGUGAUCCUAUUCCAUCGUUUGGCUCUUCAAAUGGCUCGACAUAUGAUUACGGUGAAACGAUAGAAAUAACAUGUCAAAGUGGCUAUAACAUUCGAGGAAGUGCACUGAUAUCUUGUCAAGCUGAUGGUACUUGGAGCGGAACACCAACAUGCGAUCCAGAGGAUUGUGGAGACCCGACGCCAUCUGGCGGUGCUGCUGAUAUCUUGUAUGGCACAACUUACGGAAUGAAUGCAACUAUAUCUUGUAACAAAGGUUACAGUCUGAACGGUUCUUCCAGCAUAACAUGUGGCGUCAACGGCUGGUCGGAAUCUCCCAUUUGUGAAAUUCAAGAUUGCGGUUCUCUUUCACUUGACCAUGGUACAGUUCUUGCACCGGAAGGAACUACAUACGGAUCAAUGGCAUAUGUCACAUGUAACGAUGAUUAUGUUCUUGAUGGCGAUGUAUUAUUACGGUGUCAAGAAGGUCAAACAUGGAGCGACUAUCCUGUUUGUGUAAGAGAUUGUGGUGAUCCAACACCGGAACACGGUCAGGCAAAUAUUUUAGCAGACACACGCUUAGAUCAGAUGGCUAUAAUUACAUGUGAUAGCGGAUAUAUUUUAGACGGUCACUCGGUUAUAAAAUGUCUUGAAACAGGCUGGAACGCAACAUUAGCUUGUACUAUCCAAGAUUGUGGUAUUCCUUCGCUAGAAAAUGGCGAGGCACUGACACCAGAGGGUACACAGUUCGGAGACUCUGCUAUAAUCACAUGUAACGAGGGCUUCACUGUUGAGGGCAGUGUAUUUAUAUCGUGCGAAUACAGUGGCAACUGGAACUCAUAUCCAAACUGUACAAUCAUAGAUUGUGGUGACCCAACUCCUUAUAAGGGCUCAGCAAGUUCUAACAUUACAACUUAUAAUAGCACCAUUGAAAUAGAAUGUGACGCUGGUUACGCCAUAUCAGGUUCGUCAAUAAUCACGUGCAAGGCAGAUGGCACUUGGAGCAACACACCCACAUGCGAUCCUAAUGAUUGUGGAAACCCUACCCCAGCGAAUGGAUAUGCAAAUUUGACGUUCGGAACUACUUUCGGUUCUAAUGUUACAGUCACCUGUAAUUCCGGCUACAAUUUAACGGGUGAUUCUUUGAUAGUGUGUCAGCAGUCUGGGUGGAGUGAUACACCAAGCUGUGUAAUUCAAGAAUGUGAAGAUCCGACGCCGACGAAUGGCACAACGAUUAUGUCGAUAGGUGGUACAACGUUUGGAUCUGUUGUAAUAGUUAGUUGUGAUGAUACUUACCAGCUGGUUGGCCACUCACACAUCUACUGUGGUGCCGGUUCAGAGUGGAGUUCGAAACCUUCUUGUAUCAAAGAUUGUGGAGAUCCCUCUCCUAGUAAUGGUGACGCUGACACAACAUCGGGUACAACGCUAAAUGAGACCGCAUUAAUCACGUGUAACCCAGGGUAUACCAUAAAUGGUUCCUCUUCCCUAUCGUGUCUUGAUAGCGGAUGGGACAGUACUCCAACAUGUAGUAAACAAGAUUGUGGAGAACUUACUAUAACAAAUGGGGUUGCAAAUGUUCCAGCUGGUACUACUUUUGGGGAAGUUGCCUUUAUUAGUUGUAACGAAAGUUAUGUACUGCAAGGAAAUGAACAUAUAAUAUGCGAGGACGGUGGACUAUGGAGCUCUACCCCGACGUGUAUCAAAGACUGCGGGAUUCCAACAGUUGAAAAUGGAAAUGUUGAACAUACAUCGGGCACAUUACUGGGGAGUUACGUGAGUGUCACGUGUAAUGCUGGCUAUAAUAUAUCAGGUGAUGACACGUGGACAUGCGGAGAUAUCGGUUGGAAUACUACAGCCACGUGUGUAAUUCAGGAUUGUGGUAAUCUAUCUAUUACAAACGGUGUAGCAAACCUUCCUACUGGAUCAACUUACGGAGAAGUGGCCUUCGUUAGCUGUAAUGAAACGUAUAAACUGCAAGGAAAUGAAUAUAUAACUUGUCAAGACGGGGGAUUGUGGAGUUCUUACCCAUCAUGUAUUAAAGAUUGUGGUGAUCCAACACCGGAACACGGUCAGGCAAACAUUUUAGCAGGCACACACUUAGAUCAGAUGGCUACAAUUACAUGUGAUAGCGGAUAUAUUUUAGACGGUCACUCGGUUAUAAAAUGUCUUGAAACAGGCUGGAACGCAACAUUAGCUUGUACUAUCCAAGAUUGUGGUAUUCCUUCGCUAGAAAAUGGCGAGGCACUGACACCAGAGGGUACACAGUUCGGAGACUCUGCUAUAAUCACAUGUAACGAGGGCUUCACUGUUGAGGGCAGUGUAUUUAUAUCGUGCGAAUACAGUGGCAACUGGAACUCAUAUCCAAACUGUACAAUCAUAGAUUGUGGUGACCCAACUCCUUAUAAGGGCUCAGCAAGUUCUAACAUUACAACUUAUAAUAGCACCAUUGAAAUAGAAUGUGACGCUGGUUACGCCAUAUCAGGUUCGUCAAUAAUCACGUGCAAAGCAGAUGGCACUUGGAGCAACACACCAACAUGCGAUCCUAAUGAUUGUGGAAACCCUACCCCAGCGAAUGGAUAUGCAAAUUUGACGUUCGGAACUACUUUCGGUUCUAAUGUUACAGUCACCUGUAAUUCCGGCUACAAUUUAACGGGUGAUUCUUUGAUAGUGUGUCAGCAGUCUGGGUGGAGUGAUACACCAAGCUGUGUAAUUCAAGAAUGUGAAGAUCCGACGCCGACGAAUGGCACAACGAUUAUGUCGAUAGGUGGUACAACGUUUGGAUCUGUUGUAAUAGUUAGUUGUGAUGAUACUUACCAGCUGGUUGGCCACUCACACAUCUACUGUGGUGCCGGUUCAGAGUGGAGUUCGAAACCUUCUUGUAUCAAAGAUUGUGGAGAUCCCUCUCCUAGUAAUGGUGACGCUGACACAACAUCGGGUACAACGCUAAAUGAGACCGCAUUAAUCACGUGUAACCCAGGGUAUACCAUAAAUGGUUCCUCUUCCCUAACGUGUCUUGAUAGCGGAUGGGACAGUACUCCAACAUGUAAUAUACAAGAUUGUGGUAAUCUAUCUAUUACAAACGGUGUAGCAAACCUUCCUACUGGAUCAACUUACGGAGAAGUGGCCUUCGUUAGCUGUAAUGAAACGUAUAAACUGCAAGGAAAUGAAUAUAUAACUUGUCAAGACGGGGGAUUGUGGAGUUCUUACCCAUCAUGUAUUAAAGACUGCGGUACACCAGUGGUUGAGAACGGAAAAGUGGACAUCACAUUUGGCACUUUGUUAAACAAUUCUCUAACAGUGACAUGUGAUGAAGGCUAUAAUAUAUCGGGAGAUUCAACAUGGACAUGUGCUGAUUCUGGCUGGGACUCUUCAGCUAUAUGUGUUAUUCAAGAUUGCGGGGACCCUUUACCUUCAAAUGGAGUGGCAAACCUUCCCACAGGAUCGACUUACGGAGAAGUUGCAUUUAUUGUAUGUAACGAAACGUAUAUUCUUGAAGGAGUGGAACAUAUAACCUGUGAAGACGGAGGAACAUGGAGUUCUAACCCAACGUGUAUUAAAGACUGUGGAGUCCCAGUAAUUGAUAACGGGAAUGUGGACUACCCGUCUGGCACGUUAUUUAGUCAGUCUGUGACUGUCAUGUGUAAUGCAGGAUACAAUAUAACUGGUGAUACAAGCUGGACAUGUGAUGAUUCGGGAUGGAACGGUAAAACUACCUGUGAUAUUCAAGUAUGCGAUGAUCCUACACCGGACAACGGAUAUUCCCAGCUACCUAACGGAAGGACGUUUGGAUCAUUUGCAUUGUUAACAUGUUGGACUGACUACACACUGGUAGGAGACUCUCUUGUAGAGUGCCUUAAUGGCGGAGUAUGGAGCGAUACACCUACUUGUGUAAAAAACUCGCAACUUCCUGAUGCUAUUACCACUACCACUACGCCGAAGACCGAAGACAAUACAUUCAAUUUUGAAACGACAUUGAUAUUUGGUCUUCUACUUGGGUUGAUUGUUUUAAUCGCAGUUAUUGCUGUCGUGGUAUUCAUAUACUUAAAACGUUGCCGUCACCCUGCUAAUAAGCAUGAGACUAUAGAUGCAAAUGAAUUCAGACGCGGUGCAGUUCACGAUGACCUAGAAAACGAGGAUGGAAGCUAUCCAUCCGUAUUAAUGGCACAUCCUCCUCCAAGCAGCCGUGAAGCUAUGCCACCUUUACAGUUUACUCAGAAGGGCAAUGUUAACAUCGUACCACCAAUGACAAAAAAGAAGGCACCUGACGACGUCAAGAAAGCUAUUGGUGCAGCAGCAACACCAUCUGCCGGUAAAGCCGUAAACGGACAGAAGAAGAAAGGUUUGCCUCCAAUUCCAGACGAUGUUCGCCGAUUACAUGGAGGUCAACAAAGAACUGGAGCGGAAGCUUCCCCGAAACCAAAAGCAGCCUCAGAAGAACUGCCUCAAACUUCUGAAAUCCCCGCGCCCUUAAAUGAAAUAGAGGCUACAGCUGAAUCAAGAGAAACUAGAAUGGAAGUCUUAAAUUCAGAACUAAAUGACAAGCUUUCUAAAGAUGACUCUCAAAAGGUGUCGGAAAAGCAAACGGGCAAUCCAUCCUCGGAAACUAUUGAUAAACAACCUGAUGGAGAACCAUUUGAAACUGGAGCUAUUCCUAAAACCUCAAAAACUGAAAUCAAGGAAACAACUGAUGAAAACAAACCACCUUCUAAAAAAGAAGACAAAGCAGAUAUGAAACGUAAAAUACCACCAUCAAAGCCUAAAAAGGAAACAAAGGGAAAGACAAAACCAGUAACAUCCCUUAAAUCAAAGUCUCUGAAAGACUCGUCGAAACCAGUGAAAACAAAAAUCAAGGGAGAUAACAGUAAUGGUAAGGUAGUACAUGGUUUACAAUCUGAGGAGACCGUGAUAGAUAUUGAAGGUGACAAGUCAGAGAAUAAACAAACAAGUCCAUUACCAUUUACGGCUAUUCCGACUAUAGACGUAGAACAAUUCACGCCAAGGAAAGAAAGUCAGAAAACAGUAACCGAUGGUAAAAAGACCGAUGCAGGUAAAUCAUCUCCUGUUGAUGAGAAAACGACAGGUAGGAAAGAGGCAUUUGUGAUAAAGAAUGAAACAACGAAUGAUCAAAAGGAUUUAGAUGAUUUCUUUGAUGCCAGUGAAACGGAAGAAAAUGUUGAAAAGAAGACUGAUCAUAAACUUAGCAAUUUGAAUAAUGAUAAGUUAGAUUUGCAAAGUGUUAGUACAAGUCAAAGCCCUCAAAAAGAUAUGCAUCUGCUCCAUCCUCCAGUUAAUAAUCCUCAUUUUGGACCUACCAAAAAUAUUGCUAAUGGUCAUGAUGAUACUGCACGGACACUCAAAGCUACGGGGUUAAAUGGCCAACAACACCUUGCAACAGUAGCAAACAUUUCGUCGAAUGCUGAACAAAUAGUGCCAUCUGUUGAAAGCAUUGUUCCAACUGAUUCUUCCUCAGCCGCCUCAGAAAAAGCUCUAGAUUCUGAUACUCAUACAGGAAAUUUUCAUGACACAGACUCAUUUACAUCUAAUUCUGAGGUUGACAUUCCAUCGCCUCCACCAAAACAAACUAAGCAUUUCCUUUUCGACCCGGAACCGACAUCAGUAUUCAGAAAUCUAACCCAAAGAAACGGAAAUACGGAUUCAUUCUUUGGAAUUGAUCCUCAUGAAGAAUUACCACCGUCAAAACCGGUAACUAGACAUGGUAGAUCUACAGGAGCUGCAAAGAGCGCCGCGUCAUCAAGACUACUUAAAUCGUCAUACGGGACAAAGCCACCAGAAGCAUUGACUGUGUAUAACCCUGCUAUUGCAAAGAAAGAUAAGGAUCCAAUAAUAAAAGAUAUGGAACAUAAUAAAAAGGAGAGAGAGAAAAGAGAAAUGGAAAGAAUGAGGAAAAUAAGAAUGGGUGCAAUGUCAUCUGCUUAUGGGAAUGUUUCACCAACUAAAGGACUGUCGAAAAAGAAAUAGUUAUUCGCGUUGUGACAAAAGAGCCGAAUAAGAAUUGAAUAUAUGAACAUUGUAUCACUUACUAAGUAAAGUGUGUGAAGAAAUAUUUAGCGAAGUAGAACAUAUAAAUAAUAUUUUUAUGCCGAAUAACACCAGAAACGAAAAACAUUGCAUUAAUGCUAAAUGAAGCAUAUUUUAGGAGAGAAAAAAAAACAGAGAUUCAUCUUUAAAAGGGAUUGAUAAACUUUUAUGACAGUUCAUGGAAGCAUUUUAAUGUUUGCCAUUCAAACAUUGAUGUACAUAGUUCAUUCUUGCCAAAAAUAUCAUAGUAUCCGUCCAUUUAAACUUCAUGUGAUAUUUAUUUCAUUUUUGCAUUAUUUUUGUCAACCAUAUGUAGAAUAUUUAUUACAUGUACCUUAAAUGAAUUUGAUGUUCUAUAUUACUUACUGUAAAUUUGAUGUGAAAUAAAUCUAACUUGA